UUUCUUUAACGUUUGUUGCUCACGAAAUUAGAGAUUUUGGGUGUGGAGGAAUGUUAAUUUAAACAACUCAUCGACUUAUUUUUUUAUCAGUGGCUUCGUGGAAGUGAGAGAAAGAGAUCCCCUAAUUCACACAGACCUUGAUUGAUGAAAUUUCCCUCCCAAAUCUCUUGUUUUUGUUGUUGUGGGAUGCUCUGUUGUUUUGAUUGAUUGUUAGAACAACCAUUUGGGAAUUUUCUUUCAAGAAAGUGUUUGGGUUUCUUCAAUUGGAAGAUUAGGUUUUUGUGAAUUGAGGUUCUUGGUGGUUAGGGUUUCGGGGAUUGGAGUGUGGGGGGAAUGAUAAUCAAGCGCAAGUUGAAAUCGGCAAUGCCGAGUUUGAAGCGGUGUCGAGUUGGUGAGUCGGGGGCAGGCGGAGAUGACGACGAGUGGUCGGGGAAAUCUAGGAAGAAACGGAAGAGUAACAACGGUUAUUAUCCUCUGCAUCUGCUCGGAGAGGUUGCCGCCGGGAUCAUUACGCUCAGUGAAUUGGGAUUUCAUUUCCCCGCCGGUGUUAUCCCUAGCUUCUGCAGCGACACCGGUGAGGUGGUGGUCGUUGACUCCAAAUCGAAUGCACCAAAAACGGAGUUGGAGGAUACCAGUAAUGCUAUUAAUAACGAUUCCGUCCGACCACCACCAAGGCCGCCGUUGGUCAGGACUUCACGGGGACGUGUUCAGGUACUUCCUUCUCGGUUCAAUGAUUCAGUUCUUGAUAACUGGAAGAAAGAAAAAACCAAACUUGAUGUUAAUCAAGACUUGUACUUUGAUCCUGAAUUUGCUCCUCAUAAGGACAAAUCAAGCGUCAAAAUCCCAAAAAUUCAGAACAAGAAGCAUAACGGGGAUAAAGUUAGUUAUAAAUGUCGUAAAUCUUUACCCCCACCAUUGAAGUUUGAAGAAUUUGAAGAUGAGGAGUACAAGUAUUCGAGAUAUAAUAAUGAACAGUAUGAUAAUGUUAACACGAUCUUGAUUGGGGAAAAAAAGGAUGGUUUUUCGAAUGGUUCGCAAAAGGAGCAAGUGGAGAAGACGACUGGAAAUAUUAAAGAACCAGAUGAAUUUUCUCCGGGUGAUAUAGUUUGGGCCAAGUCCGGAAAGCAUUAUCCGGCUUGGCCAGCCAUUGUUCUGGAUCCAGUAAUGCAUGCUCCCCAACAAGUUCUUGGCUUUCGGGUUGAUGAUGCUUUUUGUGUCAUGUUCUUUGGGUACUCAGGAAAUGGUACACAGAGGGACUAUGCUUGGAUUAGAAGCGGAAUGAUAUUUUCAUUUGUAGAAAAUGUUGACAGGUUUCAGGGCCAGACCGACUUGAAUGAUAACGAGCCAAGUGUGCUUCGAUCAGCAAUAGAGGAGGCAUUUCUAGCAGAACAUGGGUUUACAGAAAUGCUAAUGGUUGAAAUUAAUGCAGCGGCUGGUAACUUGGAUUAUCUUGAUGCUAUCCCUAGAGGUGUUCAUGAGGCUAGAGGGACACAUCAGGAACAUGAACAUGUCUCUCAAAAGCAGGAAAUAUCUAAAAGGCGGCACACACAAUCCUGUGAAGGCUGUGGUUCAACAAUCUCACUUAGAAUGUUAAGAAAAAUGAACGAUACAUCUCCUAGUAGCCGUCUUCUUUGUAAUACAUGUGCCAGGUUGACAAAAUUAAAACAUUAUUGUGGCAUAUGCAAAAAGAUAUGGAAUCGAGCCGAUACUGUUAGUUGGGUACGUUGUGAUGGUUGUAAAGUGUGGGUGCAUGCGGAAUGCGAUAAAAUCUCUGGUCAUCAUUUCAAGGAUCUUGGGACAACCGAAUACUACUGCCCAGAUUGCAAAGCAAAGUUCAAUUUUGAGUUAUCAGAUUCAGAAACUUGUCAGCCUAAACACAGAUAUUCAAAAAAGCAGGAGGAAAUGGUGCUGCCCGAUAAGGUCACUGUUGUCUGCACAGGCGUGGAAGGCAUAUACUUUCCAAGCCUGCAUUUGGUUGUGUGCAAGUGCGGGUCUUGCGGGUCAGAAAAGCUGGCACUUAGUGAAUGGGAGCGGCACACAGGUUCAAAAGUGAAAAAUUGGAAAACAAGCAUCAGGGUGAAGGGUUCCUUGCUGCCACUCGAACAAUGGAUGCUGCAAGUAGCUGAGUAUCAUGCUCGUACCGUUGUUUCUGUCAAUUCUCUUAAGCGCCCUUCUUUAAAAGCACGAAAGCAGAAAUUGCUUAGUUUUCUACAAGAAAAAUAUGAGCCCGUAUAUGCCAAGUGGACAACUGAACGUUGUGCCGUAUGUCGUUGGAUUGAAGAUUGGGACUACAACAAGAUCAUUAUAUGCAUCAGAUGUCAAAUAGCCGUGCAUCAAGAAUGCUAUGGUGCAAGAAAUGUUCAGGAUUUUACUUCAUGGGUUUGCCGGUCCUGCGAGACACCAGAUGUUGAGCGAGAGUGCUGCCUCUGUCCUGUAAAAGGAGGUGCUAUGAAGCCUACUGAUGUUGAGCCCCUCUGGGUCCACGUGACCUGCGCUUGGUUUCGGCCUGAAGUUUGCUUUGCAAGUGACGAGAAGAUGGAGCCUGCGCUUGGAAUUUUGAGUAUCCCGUCAAACUCUUUUGUAAAGAUUUGUGUCGUUUGUAAGCAAAUUCAUGGAUCAUGUACACAAUGCUCCAAGUGUUCAACUUAUUACCAUGCAACAUGUGCAUCUAGAGCUGGCUAUCGCAUGGAGUUGCAUUCCCUGGAGAAGAACGGGAAGCAGAUUACAAGGAUGGUGUCGUAUUGCGCUUAUCACAGGGCUCCGAAUCCGGAUACCGUCCUAAUAAUUCAGACCCCAGGAGGGGUAAUCUCGGCUAAAAGCCUACUCCUGAACAAUAACAAGAGCGGUUCGAGAUUGAUCUCAUCAAGAAGAUUACAACUUCGAGAUGCUCCAAUCUCCGAGACUUCGACGGAGACCGAGCCGUUUUCUGCAGCAAGGUGCAGGGUGCACCAGAGAUCUCACACCAAGAAGCCAGGAGACGGGCUAAUCAUGCACCGAGUUACCAGACCAUGUCAUCACUCUUUAACUACGAUACAACGCUUGAACAGUCUCAGAGUAAUAAUUUUUGCUUUUGUUAGCAUCGGUUUCUGCAAAAGGCUCAUAGAUCACACACCUGAUGCCUUUUUUCUACAGGAGAUGCAAGAACCUCGAAGCUUUUCUACUUUUAGAGAAAGAUUGCGUCAUUUACAGAGAACCGAAAAUGAUCGGGUUUGCUUUGGUAGAUCGGGAAUACAUGGAUGGGGCCUCUUUGCACGUCGAAACAUAUUGGAAGGAGAAAUGGUUUUGGAAUAUCGUGGUGAACAAGUUAGGCGCAGCGUUGCUGAUCUAAGGGAAGCACGAUAUCGCAGAGAAGGCAAAGACUGCUACCUGUUUAAAAUCAGCGAAGAAGUGGUCGUGGAUGCAACAGACAAAGGAAACGUAGCACGUUUAAUCAACCACUCUUGUAUGCCAAACUGCUAUGCAAGGAUCAUGAGCGUUGGUGGCGAUGAAAGCCGUAUCGUACUUAUUGCACGAACUAACGUGGCAACGGGUGAUGAACUAACGUAUGAUUACUUGUUUGAUCCAGAUGAAAGCGAUGAAUGCAAAGUGCCGUGUUUAUGUAAAGCGCAGAAUUGUCGGAAAUUUAUGAAUUAGGAAUAACAUAAACAAAAGCAGAGUAUACAAAAUGGAAAUGGUCUCAGCAGCAGCUCUUUAUUUUGUUUUUUUUUUUUUUUUGGGAAAAAGAAGAAAAAAGGAAAACGAAAAAAUAAUAAUGAAUGGUAGAUAUGAUAUGAGUAAGAGUAGGGAACUCUGGAAAGAUGCAUACCUCAUUUAUCAUAGUUUUGGUUUGCCUUCCAAA